AUGACGGAAAUCAGCGAAAAGGAGAAUGAACCACAGAACCGGGACUUUCAUCGGUCACAGGCUGCCGUGCCAAGCCAACUGGAAUCGAAGCUGCAGCGGCUGAAGCGCUCCCUGUCCUUCAAGUCAGUCAUGCGCAGUAAGAGCAUGGACAACUUCUUCCAGCGCAACAAUGGCGAAUCCCGCCUCCCUUCGGCGCUCAUCACCGAGCCCCUGCCACCGCCAUCCCCUCCACCCAUCUCUGAGCCCCCCCUGGUUUAUGAGCGAUCGCCUUCCCUCUCGCCAUCUCUCAGUCCCAACCCCUCGCUGUCCUCUCACUCACCCUCUAUCAGCCCCUCUAUGUCUUUGACCGCCAAAGCCCAGACCCAGCCUCAUGCACAGCUGCGGCCCGUCAAAACCCAUUGUUUCCAGGAGCACAUCUUCCGCAGGCCCACCUGCUGCCAGCGAUGCAAACACAUGAUCCAAGGGAACUCCAAGCAGGCUCUGCGUUGUAAAGCCUGUAAACUGGGGGCUCAUCUCUGGUGCUCCUCUGAGCUCUCCCAGCAGCCCUGCAAUGGGAAGACAGGAGCUUUUAAGCGAAACUUCAGCUCUCCCCUGUUGACCAGUGAUGCGCUGGGUGUGGUCAGGGAGGCUCCUGCAGCUCAGGAGGCAGGUAAAGGCAGUGUUGACCCUGUUUAUGAGGCGUUGCGCUAUGGGACAUCAUUAGCUCAAAUGAGUCGCUCAAGCUUCGGCAGUAUCUCAGAGUCCCCUUGUCACGAGGCUGAACGAGCAGAGGAGCGACUAGAAAGCCAGCCAAUAGCUGAAGAGGAAACCAUCCCAGGAACGCUCACCCCUCCUGAUAGUGAGAAGGCUGAUUCGGAAGACAGGGUCAGUCUGAAGACUCCCAGAAGGAUGGAGGUCCACUCCAUCCACACCUAUGUGGCUCUCUACAAGUUCCUGCCUCAGGAGAACAACGACUUGGAGCUACAGCCUGGUGACCGGAUUCAAGUCACAGAUGACUCCAAUGAGGACUGGUGGAAGGGGAAAAGCAGAGACAAGGUGGGAUUCUUUCCAGCAAACUUUGUGCAGCGGGUCCGCCCUGGUGAGCGGGUGUGGAAGGUCACCACCGGUUUCCAUGGAAACCGAGACAAAGGCCAGAUGACUGUAAAGGAUGCUCAGAUCUGUGUGGGUAAGAAUGAGGACGUCGACGGUUUUCUGCGGCUGAGCAGCGGGAAGAAGAGAGGCUUGGUCCCUGUGAAGUAUUUACUGGAAAUAUGA